UAAGCCCCGGCCACUGCGGUUUGAUGUUUCAAGGAACAAACAAAGAAGCAGACAAAGAAGUUGGACGGGUGGCCCGGUUUCAUGUUGUUGUUCGUGUUUGGCAUUGGCGCUUGGCGAGAGAUUGGCCGGAAGCUGAGCUGAGAGGAAGUUUGCCAACUGCCUGUGAGUUCCUUACCGCCGAGCAGCGACUGGUUGGACGAGGACAUGGAAUGUUUUUCUUCUUGUCGUUUGAUGAGGCCUUUCUCCUUUCUGAGCCUCUGACGUCUGCUCUGUCAACUCGGUCAUCGAGAUCGAAUAUCGUCCAACAAGCGAAAGAUGCGUUGACGGGUUGGCCUGGUCUAUGCUGAUACUCGAGCCACGAUCGAACACCUGACAUGGCAUCAGCUGGACUUGAAGAGACAAUCGACAUCAUUUCGAACAAUGAGACGAUUGUUGAUACCACGGCAGGCACUGGUUACAAAGCGUGGCAGACAAUGCGCCGUAAUGGUUCGGCUUUAUGGUUUUUGCCGCAAUUCACAUCCUUUCAACAUCAUCUUUGUCUUUCCUGACGCUGCCAUAUACUCUUUUUUGGUACUCUUCUUUGGAGCCGCUCAAGUAAGCUAGUGCUUCUGGCGGUGCCAGCAGCUGAUUGUGCUGCGAGGCUGGAUCAACGUGGAACUGUCGAGAGGGAUGCUUCACCUACGAGAUAUACGCACUGGCUCGACAAAGACCGCUUUAUAAACCAUCUCGGGAACAACGCCCGCCUUGUAGGCAUUCAUUCGCUUUUUACAUUUCAAUUGCCUCGCGCACAGUGCCCUACUCCUUCACACACCGAGUCGAUUCUCCGUAUAUACAUACCUCCCUCCAUCGCCAUUGCUCACCGGUAUUCUCACCACCAUCAACACCCCAGCAAAGUUACAAGAGUUUUAACACUCUAACGCGAAAUGGAUCCGUCCCCUGCUCCCAAGGGCUUGGGAGACUUCGGAAAACUGCCACCUGAAAUUCGAUCGAGCCGUCCACGAUGAAGUCGACUUUUGCCAGCACGACGACUUUGUGCUGACCUUCGACAUUAAUCCUCGACGGCUCAUGUCUGUGGUUACUUGCCUCAAUGAAGAAGGAACGCCAUGGACGGCGGAACCGGAAAAAGGUGUAAAAUACAUCGACACACGAUGGCAUCAUACCAAAGAUGAAGAUGUCCAUAUCCCCGUUCCCUUUGAGAAACUCAAGGCGAUCAACAUCGACAUCCACUCGCCAAAUGUGCACGAUCCCGGUCAACUCGUUCAAGGCUGGCACCAGGUCACCCGGUUCCUAGACUGGCUGUUGCCGGAUUGGACCGAUUCUGGGAGAGUACCUCAAGGCCAGCACGACAUCUUCCCAGCAAGAACUAAUACCAGUCUCAAUCUACCGAAUGUCCACGUCCGGAUUGUCAGCACCCCAUCUGCAGGCUUCCAGCAUAGUAUUGUUGGCCCGUUGCGCGAUGUUCUGAUGCCAAACACCGACGAGCCCAACCAGGACGAGACGGAUUUUGAGGAGAGCGACCUGGCAAUUCUUUUAACCCCGUUCCGUCGCAUGCGUCGUGCUCGCUCGUUUACGGUCGAAUUGCCCACUGCCAUCAGCGAACUUCAAAACCCGUCCCUGCAAAACAUGAUUGCAGAGUUGACUACACUGGCGUGCUCUCGGGAGGAUUUCGGCCUGAGCUGGGAGAGAGACUCGGCGAUUAUGGCCGAGGAACACAAAUGGCAUACCUGGCUGAAUUACCUUUUAGAUGACCUCGAUGGCCCGAGGGCAGCUCAGCUUCGACGGUGUCGACUCUACGUGUGGUGUGCAGGCUAUGAGCAGAUGAGGAUGAUCCAGAAGGACGGAAUCGAAGACCAGACGCAGGAUGCCGCAUUCGGUGCUGGGGACGUCCAUUUUACCCCGGAUCAAUUUGAGCGUCUCUAUGGGCGGGAUAUACGUCGAUAUGGUGCGAAAACCUUCCUGCAUCCAUCGACGGUGGCUACACUCGAGUUCUACGCGGACCCGGACUCGACUGAACAGCUGGUGUCAUUUGACAAAUUCCACCCUGCAGGGUUUCCGCGAACCUCGUCUGACGAGUUUCAAGAAUUGCUCGAGGAUGCAGUCCGGAGGAUGGAUGCUGUGGUCCAACAGACAGGUGGACAGCUUCAUCUGGCGGGAUCGAGGUGUCGUGGAUGUGAGCAACACCGCAGGCACCGACGAGACAGACUGAUCGAGCUAGAAGAACAGGGCUACAUUGAGCAGGCGGAGAACGAGGAACUUGCGUUGGAUCAAGACACCGAGAUGGCCGAUGUGGACUAGAAGGAGAAUUGCAAGACAAAGGAGAGAUGUGAGAGUAGAAGUAGGGGCAGAGUCUGAGGCAAGGCGCUGGCGUCGAGUCCAAGACAUAAUGCAAUCUCUGUCUUUGGACAACCACAAUUUAUUCUGUUUUUGGUUGAACAUUAUAUGAUAGUUAUUGGGUGAUAAGCUAUACUAGUAGCAUAGUAGUACAUUGUACGCUG